UGACCAUCGCGAACCGUUCAGCUCCAUCAACGACAGCUUCACGCUCCCCGAAUAUCGCACACCCGCCUCGUCGCAGCAAUCCCCUCGAAUAACCCACCCGGGGCGCCCGCACCAUGUCGACUUCGGCCAACUUCGUCACGCCCGGCCAGCAGCGCCACCUGCGCGCCUGCAUGGUCUGCUCCAUCGUCAUGACGUACAGCCGCUUCCGCGACGAGGGCUGCCCCAACUGCGAAGAGUUUCUGCACCUCGCCGGCUCCCAGGACCAGAUCGAGAGCUGCACGUCCCAGGUCUUCGAGGGCGUCAUCACGCUCGCCAACCCGGCGCGCUCCUGGAUCGCCAAGUGGCAGCGUCUCGAUGGUUACGUCGGCGGCGUCUACGCCAUCAAGGUCUCCGGCCAGCUGCCCGAUGAGAUCCGCACGACUCUCGAGGAGGAGUAUCGGAUAUCGUACAUCCCACGUGACGGCACGGAAACGGAGACAGACUCUUAGGCAGAGGCUUGACUACGAUUUCUUGUUGAUAUUACUGUUUCUGGCGAAUACGGCGUUGAACGGGAAUGGGAUGGAGGGCCAUUGAGGGUACCAAAGAGUUGUCAUGUCGGAAAGAAAAAGUCAUCAU